UUACACAUCGACAUGCGCCGUUGUCGCAGCCGCCGCUCUGCCAACCAGUGCUUUGUUGUGAUUUAAUGGAUCACCGCAUCUGGCACCUUUUCACUGACUUUCUGUACUAUUUUAAAUAGUAUUAAAGUCCUAUUUGAUGUUUCUUUAAUGCAACACAACAUCCGGUGAAAUGUUCAUCCCGACACAGCCCCGUUAGGCUGUGGUGUUAGCACUCUGGCUGGGAUGUAGUCAACGCUAGCUGGAGCGCCUGGACGGAACCAGCUCCUGUGUUUUCGGACCUGCUUUGUUCAUAGCGAUUAGUCGGAUCCAGUUUUCUCUGGAAUGCAUCUCUCCAAGAAAUGUUCCGUGUUCAAAGUGGUGCUGAGUGCCCUUCUGAUCGUGGCGCUGCUGCAGCUCAUUUACCUGUCCUUCCUGUCAAGGUUCCACGGGAAGCAGCAGCGCUACCGCUACUCGGAGCUCUUUGGAGGCUCCGCGGCCAAGAAGAAUGCGCACCCCGAGAAAAACACGCGGAAGGAGCGGCUGAGGUACUCUCUGUCCAGUGGUGGGAUCUUUGACAACAGCGGGCAGUACAGAGUAUACAAAAACUUGAUAAAGAGUGAUUUCACAACGAAUCAGAAACCAGGUUCCCACUCAAACUCUGACAUCCUGACUCUAGCCACUCAUACCACCAUCAACAACCUGCACCACCUGGAAUCUCUGCUGGAAAGAUGGCAGAAUCCUCUCUCUGUGGCCAUAUUUGCACACGGGGAAGAUGUUAAAUUUGCCACGGCUCUGGUUUAUGCACUCAGCUUCUUCUGCCCUCAAAUCCAAGCCCUUGUGGACUUCCACUUGGUCUGCCUGUCAGGAGAGACGGCCAGUUUCCCUGAACAGGACCGGGAACACUUUGCUGGCCUGGAAGACUGCGCUUCUGUGUUCUCCAGACUGGAAACCCACAGGGAUAAAUACCAAAACUACGCCAUGAGCGGAAACAUCUCAUACCCAAACAACCUUCUCCGUAACGUCGCCCGAGGUGGCACAGAGUCCUCCUACAUCCUGGUCAUUGACAUGGACAUGAUGCCGAGCGCCGACCUCCACCAGCAGUUCCUCGCCAUGAUCCUGAGGCGGGCACCGGCAGCCGACGAGGUAUUUGUCCUCCCUGCUUUUGAGAUCCGCCAUGCCAGGAAGAUUCCCUCGACGAAGGCAGAGUUGGUACAGCUUUACCAGGUGGGAGAAGUCCGGCCGUUUUAUGAGGAGUUGUGUCCACGCUGUCAGGCUCCCACCAACUACUCCCAGUGGGUCAACAGCCACGUUAGAGAGACGGGCACCCUGGACGUUGCUUACACACUCAACUGGGUGGACCCCUGGGAGCCCUUCUACAUCGGGCCUCGAACUGUCCCCUUAUAUGACGAGAACUUCAAGCAGUAUGGCUUCAAUCGAAUCAGCCAGGCGUGCGAGCUGCAUGUGGCUGGAUUCAGGUUCUCUGUGCUGAGCUCGGCCUUCGUCGUUCACCGCGGCUUCAAGAUCCAGGGGGAGUUCCACGCCAAAAAAGAGGAGGAGAACAAACAGAACCGGGUUUUGUUUCGCAGCUUCAAAGAGGGUCUGAAAACCAAAUACCCGUCCUCUACCCGACGAUGCUGAGGGGGGAAAAAAGAUGACUGUCCUAAGCCAACUUUUAAAGUUAUGACAUAGAUGUUUGGGGGGGAGGGGGCUGGGGUUCAGCUUGUUCUACUUCCUAUAUAUAAUAUUUAAAGUCUAUCUAAAAAAUAGACUGCACAUGAAGUUUAUAAUAGGAUUUCAAAAAAUGGGUCAAUAAUAAUUGAGUUUAUUGCAUUCUGGUUCAAAUGCAACCAGAAUUACCAUAAUAAAAUUCAUACAGGUUGAAUUUUAUUGGGUAAAAUCUAAACAUAUGAGGUCUUACUUUAUACAUUAUGUUGAUAUCCACAUACAAAAGUAGAAAAAAAAAUGCCUUAAAUCACAUUUGAAAUGAUAUUUCUAGUUAAAUAUCUACUUUAGAAGCGUUGGCCUGAAGAGUUUUAAACACAAAACGUGAGAGCCAUAAGGAGGCAUGCAUAUGUAUGAAAUUCUCACAAUAUUGCCUGUCAUAAAAAUGUGACAGUGUCCCAGUAUUGACACCAAAAUUAAAAGAACCAUAACAUGAUCUCAUAAAAUGUUUUGAAACAGCCAACUUUGUUUUGUAAGGAGCAGAAUUAUGUUGUAACCUAAUUUCAGCCAGCUGCAGCAGCUGGAGAAGUGGCCCUGUGGCUACUCUAUGACUGCUGUAGAGUAAUUAUCCAAAAGUGUUUCUUUAGUAUCUCCUUAAAAGUAUUUUAAACAGCAGAGACGGUAUGACGGGAGAUUUGUAGUCCUUCCUUUAUUUUCUUAUUUUUUAACUUUUGAUAUUUUUAUAGCCAUUACAGGCAGUUGCUUAGCAACGCAAUGCUAUGAAAAGACAUUUGUCCCUUACAGCUUUUAUCUGCUUUUGAAUGUUGUCACACUUAAAUGAUUAUUAAGGUUUAACAUCAGGUAACAACAACCUGAGUAAAUACAAAAUACUGUUUUAAAUAAUGAUUUUGUUUGCCAUUCAAGCUGCACAAAGUGAGAAUUAACUUUUUGGCUCAGUUUUACUAAAUAUAAAUUGUCUGAUAAUAUGAAGUAGCAGGAUUAUAAUCCAAGGCAAGCUUUUUUCUUUACUAUUAAAAUUUGUUUCAGACUCUGAAACUAUUACAUGUGACAAAUGAGCAAAAACAGAACAAAUUCUUACAUCUAAACUGAACAAGCUAUUAUUAUUAAUAUUUUUUAUACAAUCUGCUAGUGAAGGUAGUGGUGUCCCCUGUAGACUGAAAAUGAAAACCAUUAACGUCUUCGUUUGUCUUGGCUAAGAUGUGGGGCAAAACAAGGAAGAAAAAGCUAUAUUUCCUAUUUAAAUAAGAAUUUUUGAAACGCUUGUACAUGGCUUUAGUAUCUAUGUAGAAUAUCCACACAGGCCUGAUUAAAAAUCAACAGAUCAAGCAAUCAACUUGUUCUCUGGCCACUAGAGGGCGGUAGUCCUUGCAUCUAAACUCUAAGCUGUUUUAUUUAGUGAGAGCGGUAAAUAUAUGCACAAGUUUGGCGCUCUGAAGCAUGAUCAUUUACUCCACACCUCGACCGGGUACACCUCUUUGUGACAGUUUGAAUAGAAAUGACUUUUAACACUGGAAACUUUACACAACACUGACAUUGUACAAAAACUUUAAAACUGCUGUAUUCCAACACCAAGGACUGGAAACCGAACUGUUAACUUUUUACAUCGUUUUAUUUAUUAAUUUAUCGCGUUAACCCUUGAAAAUGUAUUGUGUGUGAAUAUAAUGCAUCGUCAAGGUGUGAACCAGGCUCAAUCAUUGUGUUGUUAUGAUCUACUGUAUUAAACACACCUUUAUUUUUAGUGUAUGGAUAAAUAAAGGUGCUGUUUGAUUACUGAUGUUAAAUAUGUUCUGUAAUACUUAUUUCUGAAGGGAUUUUUUUCCCCUUCUUACUUGUAGUGCAGUUUGGUAUAUUUAUUGUGAUCUUAUCCUAAAAUAAAAGUAGUUUGAACCUUUUUUUAAAAACCCAAAGCAAGAACACUGUAGCAUGAAAUUGUGUUAGAUUUAGAUUUUUUUUUCAUCUCCAAUAAAUAAUUUAUCAGGUAUUUACAGUUGGGGAAAUUUAUAUGAAAUCAUUAUCUACUGUGGUUAUGUAGUAUCUUUGUAUUUUUCUCAUUUGUUCACUUAUUUAAAAAAAAUGAUGCUGUAUUUUUUUUCUCCUUGCUUUUCUUUAUCAGAUAAAAUGCCUGAUUUGUGUUGGACUUGCUAUUAAAUCCCUCUUGGACAACGUUUGUUAACUUGA